GCAGUUUUUUGAAACCGGCUGCCGGCGAAUUAGAGAUGAUGUCGGGGUUUAAGAAGCGCAAGGGGGCGCCUGACGGCGACAGCGAUGAUCAGCUUCCCUUUCGGUCCACUCGGCCAGCCUUUGUCACAGAUGCUCUCCACUCUGUCGCUUCCAGCUUCGAUGACGCCGGACGAGCCCUCGCAUUCAAGCGACAGACCCUCGAGGAGCUGCAGAAAGACCAGCAGCGGCUGCUGAGCGAGAUCAGCUGGCAGGAGGAUGCCGCUGGUGACGCCAACGAGAUGCUCCCUCUGUCGGCGGGCGGAACCCUUUUCAAGGUUCCUCGCGGUUUGCUGACCAAGAAGGCCGACAGUCUGCUGGCGUUCAUCUUCAGCGGCCACCUCGAUGGGCGACUGGUUCGGUGCACCGACGGAUCCCAUUGCAUCUUCAUGGACCUCGACGGAAGCAUCUUCGAGAAGAUCAUCCACACGCUGGCUACAUCCGACGGCAGCAGCAGCGCGAGUCAGGCGCAGGGCACUGCUGACCCUGACGAGGCCUUCUUCUUCGACGUGCUGGUCAGCAAGCCCCUCCCCACCGUCACCACCUCCCCCGGCCCCCCUCCCCCACACAUGGACGCACCAGCCAUGCCUCACACCACCGGAGUUCAGGAGGCCAUGCCGUCAAGCGCGGCACUCAUGGACAGCAUCAAGUCGGUGUGUGUGGGAUACAUGAAGAAGCAUGCGGCCGUUGACGCACAGAUCGAUGCCGUCAAGCGUGUCAUGCGGCAGCUAGAGGAUCGCAUGAAGCUGGCCGAGCCCUGGCUGCAGCCGUCGACGGGGGGCGGGGUCGGGGUGGUGAGUGUGAGUGUGAUGGGGAUGACUCUUAGCACGACCACGGCCACUGUAGAGGCGUGUGGCGGGGGCGACUCGCCGUUCGCAAAUCGCUUCAACGGGUGGGCACGCACAAGACACAUUGUAGCGGGAACACACGUGUGAGCGCUUGUUUGCUCUCCCUCAGGGCCUCGUUGGACGCCACAUCCCCUGGGCUCGUACGCAAGGCCAUCAACUUCGCCCGCCGACACCGUAUUGCCCCCUCUCAAUCCCUCCCAAUCACUCCCUCACAGCAGUCAUCGGCUAACGACACACUGGAGCUGCGCCGGACACUCGAGAUGUUCGGCCUAGUCGGUUCUCAUGCGCACUGUGUGCAGCGCAUCGCACCGUCGAUGGGAGGGCCGGGGAAAGGGCUGUUAGCGGGGCGGGCGGAGCUGAAUCGGCUUGUGGGCUGGCUGGAGGAGGAAUGGAACAAACCUGUAGAGGACAUACAGUGCACAUUCACGUCCGCAAGAGUAUAUGUGGGUCAGAGGAAGUAAGCUGGCAACAUGGAUGUCUUUGUUCCUCAGUUGUUCGUUGGCAGCUGCGUACGAUCGCGCUGCCUUCCUGGCGAGCAUCCCAGCACCCGAGGCGGAGAAGGGCUGGGUGAGUACGGCAGACGACGGCAAUGGCCACAGUUGACACACGGUGCAUCGCUGUGUCUGGAUGUGCAGGUGUUGCUGUUGAAGAAGGGUGAGCAGGUGGUGGGUGGAGCCAGCCCCAAGGGGUUAAAGACAGACACGGAAUGGCUCCGUGCGGCGUCUCCGAAUGGCCCUCGCAUCGAGUAAGUCUGGACGCUAUCGUUCUGUUUGUGGCGUGAGCAAAUGUCAUUUGCUUGCUCUCUCUUGAUCCCCGUCAGGGCGUAUGGAUGACGUUGUGUGUGCGUGUGUGUGUGUGUGUGUGAAUGUAGUUGUUACGAGCGCUCUUCACAGGAGCCGAUUCCUUUUCUCUUCAAGCUGACCGACGCACACCACCCCGACACCGUCGCAAAGAAGACAGGGGACACAUCUGCUGUAGCCGCUGGCAGCCGACUGUUGUCUCUUUGUAUCAUGGCAGGGGUGGAUAUCAGCCACGCUCUUUGGGUCGAGCUGGCAUCGCCAUUUCACCAUGGCGCACGGAUCCUCACUAGCAAGGAGGCAGAGAGGCCCCUCAUGAGCGGCCCAGCAAGGGUCGAGGGGGGCUUUCACACUGUGUGCGGUGGGUGGGAUGUGGUGGAGGUGUGGCAGGUGGCCUACAUGGGCCAGAGAGCCAUGGGAUAGCUCGAUAUCGCGUGAGGUGGGAUGGGAUGGAUGGAUGUACCUAUGUGUGGACGUGUCUUGUGUACAGUGUUGGUG